ACCACAGGGGUGUGCAGUUUUUAAUCGUGCGGGACCAACCACCUCCCAUUUCCCGAUGGGAUGGAGCACAACAACAAACAUCUUCUUCCCGGAUUCCAUCCUGCUUCAUUUCCCUCGGCAUUCGCAGGCUUACAAAACGCGGGAACGAAUGCUUUUAUGUCUACUCUGCAACAGUUGUCGGGCUUAUCGGCCCCACUUCUACCCGGUUCGGCCCUCGGGGCUGCGCAAUGGGCCAACUCCCAAUCAACAGGACAAACGUGGAUCGAUCCGGCAAAGGUCGCCGCAAUGCUUCCUAUGUAUCAAGUGUUCACAGGAGUCAAAGGAUUGGAUAUUUCACAGCCUGAGCUUAUCAGCCAGCAAAGUAUAGCGCCAGUCAGUGGCACGACGACAGCAGCGACGACGUCGUCAUCCAUAUUUCCCUCGGCUGUCUCGAAGACGGGCUUACGGAAUUCUCCGAGUAAUUCGUGCUCACCGCAGGUGUUGGGAGCCCAGAAUUCCCCGGCAGGAGGACCGAUGUCGAAUGGCCCAUCAUCUCAUCCAUCUACCUCUACUCCCCAUGACAUCGACGUUGGAGGUCUGUCCCAACCCUCAAGUCAGACUCAAGCGUACGAUCUUACUGUACGGGCGAGUCCUAGUGCAGGAACCCCUGAAGCCGGCGGUGCGCAGGAGUUCGCCUCCCGCCCACCCAACACCUUCAAAAAUGGCACCGUCCUCAACCACUCAGAAUCACAACCGUCGACAUCUCAAGGCGGCGGUCAGCCCGUUGUGGACGACAAUUGGGCUGGAAUAGAUCUCGGCGACUUGGAUCUGUUCACGGGAACGUCUUCCAAGGAAAACGAUGCUGCCAUCUCCAGCGUUUUCGAGCUUGGUGGGAAUCUGUUCCCGGAAACCUUCCAUGAAUCGUCGCAAAAAGCUGGCACAUUUUCUGCCACUUCUGCGUCCCAAACUGCAGCAAAUCACACAGAAAUCACAACUGCCGAUCAAGAGUUUGAUCAGAUCUUCAGUAGCUUAGAGAAUCAGAACUCAUCUACCAAUGCCUUUCCAUUCGACUUUCAUGGCGGUGAAAACAAUCCUAGUCUUAGUCCUGUACAGUUUACUCCUCCUGACUCACCCUCAGCGGACUCCCCGGAGCCGAAUAUUAUGGGUUUAUUUGUGGCUCCAUCAACCUCCUCCCUUCAACCGAGUACCACUAGUUCACCCUUUCCACCUCCCUCACAAACGCCUGCUCCUCCUACGGGAAGCUCUAAGCGGAAAACAGACACGGUCAAACCGAUUGCUGCUCCUUCACCAUCUUCCUUCAAAAAGGAACCGCUAGUUACCCGGCCUGUACAGAAAUGCAAUAAAAUACCAAUUUAUAAGCAGCGCAAAUUCACUUCUGUGAUAUCAAAUGACGUCAAAGAGGAGUCAAAAGGAGACGCUAACGAUGCGUAUUCGUUUGACGAUGAGGAGGAAAACGUUGGUUUAGGUCAAGUUGAUCCUAAGGAAAAGCUAGAUGCAGAGGUGCGUGAGAAACUCUCAAAAAUUGCUGGACAACAUCCAGAGAUGAGAAAUAAGAACAUCUACGUUCCUGGCGUUGGUUUUGCGGUUCCUCCUGAGCAGCAGCAGGACCUGUGGAGGCACGUGGUACCGAAAAAGAGACCGACGGGUGAGAAUAGGCCUGUUAUACCUGCUGCCAACCUUCUACCUCCAUCUGUGCAUGCCGAGGCUAGUCAAGCAGCCGCGAGGUUAGCCGAACCAGAAAUCGUGACUUUGGCCGAGUCGAUUCGUCGGCGAAAGAAGGAGAGGCUUGUAUGCACAUUCAUAAAGACAGAACAAACGUGUGGAAGUGACUGUGCCAAGGAAGAAGGAGCUGAUCGACGGGCAGAAGAGAUAAAGAGAGAGUGUGAAAGCCAACCACGGCUUCCCAAGCUAAUAAUCAAAUUGCCUCGUCGAUCAUCUGAAAGCUACUAUGAAUCAAAGAAAAAGAAGAAGAAAAAACGAAAGAAGAAGGAUUACGAUAGUGACUGGGAAGGAAGCGAUCGUUCAAGACGGAAAAAGCGUAUUAAACGAGAGAAGGGGAGCAGCUCUGGGUACGAAGUACGAAUAGUGGAAAGAGAUAAUGACGAGGAGGGUAAGACGCCAAGGAUAGAGGAAGAACGAAUAGAUGUGAGCAUGUUUUCGAAGAAGAGGAGGUUGAUGAUGCAGUGGCAAGAAGGUCAGGAAAGUCAAAAUCGAGAAAAUGGAGAGCAUAAAACCAACGUAAAGUCGCACUCCUAUCGUCUCAGAAACGAUUUCAAUACAGAGGCGGUGAAAGCUCGCCUUUCGAAAUUUGGACCAGCUGACGGGCAUCUUCCGAAAGGAACAUUCGUUGUAUGCAAAGCAGAUCUAUUCCGGGAUGACUGUGCAUUAUGGAGGGUCGACAAUCAGAACAUGAUACAAAAGUAUCCACCUAGGAUCGACCCUGCUACUAAGGACAUAUGUUACAAGAACAGCAGCACGUAUUCUGGAUGGUGUGACCAAGUCGCUUUUGGAUACUACCGUGUCGCUAUAAAACACAUCAAGCAGACACGAUCGGAAGCGAUCAUCCAGCCCGAAAUUCCUAUUUCUGAUCUCUUUCCUGCAAUGACCUCAGAAUGCAAUGACACAAAUGGUUUUGUGAAAGGAGAAGACGAGACUUCGACUGAUCCUGAAGAUCAUGUCACAAUGUUGCGAGAUCCUCUUCGACUGUCCUUAUAUACAUUCACUCUUGCCAUGAUCAGUCAUGCUCUCACGCUAGAAUUCUUGCAACAGAUCAAAAGUAAAAAUGACUGGAAUUUCUUGCGAGCUGUGGCAGAAGUUGAGAAGGUGAACUCGGACAGUUUGACUAAACUUCGUGGCCUGGUCAAGUUCAACGAUAGACUGGAGGACGCCAUGCAUAGUUACACUCAGCUUUGUAUCACUGAAAGUGACUAUCACUCUCUACAAUGCCAGUGCUGUGCUUUGAAGCCCAUAGAGCGGAUCAUACAACUGUAUUCUCUGGAUUCGUACGAUCCAGAAACGUUGCAGCCAACGGAGAGGCCUCCAGCUGAUUCUAGCCCUUUGCCGGCCGUUGAGUUUCUCGUCUGUCCAUCAUGUGCUAAUACCGCUCAACUAUACCACAAAUGCUAUCAUAUGAAGUAUCAUCUUCUGAAGAAGUGCGAAGACAAGUUGGAAGUGAUUGGCACACAGCAUCCGGAGUAUUCACCUGAGAAAACCGUUGAAGCGGCUCGGAAGUGCCGUGUCUGGUUGAACAAAGUGCUUUCUGAGUAUAUGGAUAUAUGGAAAAAGAUACAAAAUCUUGACCACUAGCUAACUGCUCUUUCCUCGGUACGGUGCCUGUAAGAGCGGACUACAUCGCAGGGAAGCGUCCCCCUUUCUUUGAAUUGUCUCCGGAAAUUUUCCGGGAAAAUGCGUCCUUGCGGUUUAGCGCAGCUCCUCAAGAUCUUCUGCCCUUGGUGCGUCUUCCAUGCUUCGCAGAUUCGGAUUCUGAAACUCCGUUCUGCUUUUUUGGAUGAAUAAGUGCAUAUUGUUCUCUUGAAUAGUCAUCAAAUUUUUCAUAAUCAGUGCAAGCUUUCAUUUCGACCUCGUAGCCCUCAUCGGGAAAUAGGGUAACUUUUGCACAUUCGCGCAACAUUGCCUAUAUGAUUGUUUGUUUCAGUUUAAUGUGAUCUGGAUUCUCUGUGUCAUUUUUUUUUUGAAGACCCGUUGAUCGAUUGUGUCAUUUAUAAUGAGUACAGUCUCUACAUUCGACGAUCAACUAGUCUUUGUGCCAAAUGCGGGAGUAUUUUUACAGCUCAAACAUAUAUUUUCAUUGAAUCAUUCACUUAUGCUUGUUUCAAAAGCCUCCGAAAGUGGCAGGUCUCGUUGAAUUUUAUGCUUGUCCUGUUUUUCGCCGGGCCUUUAUUCGAGUGAUUUUUCGUUUGUUAUAGGAGAUAAUUUUUGUACAGAGAGAACAGGGAUGAUCUCAUACUCAGCCUUUAGAGGAAUAAAUAGCUACAAAUAUUGCUUAUUGUUCUGCACAUUAUCAUG